GGGACGGCGGGCGGGAGGGCCACCCGGGACAGGAAGGUGAGAGCCGGGACCUGCUCAGCUUUGCAGGCUGUCUCGGACGGCGGCCGCUGCUGGGCGCCGGACUCGCGGCGCUGCAGCUUGUGCUCCAGGCUGGCGGCGCUCACCUUUCUCCCCGAACCGGGUGACCCAGGGAAUUUCUUUUAUGGUGGCUUGUUCUGAAAUGCCAAAACCACCCGAUUAUUCAGAACUGAGUGACUCUUUAACGCUUGCCGUGGGAACAGGAAGAUUUUCGGGACCACUGCACAGAGCAUGGAGAAUGAUGAACUUCCGUCAGCGGAUGGGGUGGAUCGGAGUGGGACUGUAUCUGUUAGCAAGUGCAGCAGCAUUUUACUAUGUUUUUGAAAUCAAUGAGACUUACAACAGGCUGGCUUUGGAGCACAUUCAACAGCACCCAGAGGAGCCUGGUGAAGGAACCACAUGGACACACUCCUUGAAAGUUCGCUUACUCUCCCUGCCUUUUUGGUUGUGGACAAUUAUUUUUCUGAUACCUUACUUACAGAUGUUUUUGUUCCUUUAUUCUUGUACAAGAGCUGAUCCCAAAACUGUGGGCUACUGUAUCAUCCCCAUAUGCUUGGCAGUUAUUUGCAAUCGCCACCAAGCAUUUGUCAAGGCUUCUAAUCAGAUCAGCAGACUACAACUGAUUGACACAUAAAAUCAGUUAUUGGUUUUUCUUUAUGAUUAUGAAACUGCCAGUACAUUAUGGAGUCUGAUCACAAGAAUGCGAUUUCUUCACAGAUCUCAGGAAGUUGUGGUGCGACAGAGGCUUUUUAAAAAUGUGACUAAGGGACGAUCUUUAUCUGAAUAAUAAUGAUUUUUUUAGGUAAAGCCUGAGAUAUAGUACCACAGAAUCAUGUUGAUGACUUCAGGUUUUGCAAGUAAAAUUGUGUCUUGUUAUUUGUAUUCUUUAGAAACUUGAAUAAGUACCUGAACUCAUUUCUCUUAUACUGUGCAGCAUAGUGACAAUUGAGAAAAUUUUCCUUUGGGGAAAAAAGUGAAUAUGAACAUUUCCAUUGUGUUAAGUGUAAAAAGGUCCAAAUAUGAUCAUAAAAUUUAAAUUUUAUACAAUUA